UCACCUGCAAAUACUUGGCUGAACAUGAGUUUCGCACACAUUUAAGCAAAGCCUAGAAACGCUUCCCUCACCAGAACUGUCCCAGUGCCAAAUGAUUUGCAGUCGUUUCCCGCAAGGCUAGCAUCUCAUCUCGCCACGGCUGAGCCAGGCUGCUCCCCUGGGAAAGACACGCCGCCGUGCCAGGAAGGGGACCGUGAGUGCCGGGGCCAUGCUCCUGCCCCGCUGCAACACCCGUGAGCGUGACACGUGGGGUGCAGCACCAGUUUUACAUCCCCACCCAGGAGUCUGACCCCGAAGCAGAGUCCCGGCCCGCGCUGAGCCAUCCCACGCUGGCUGGCUGGCUGCUCCGCUCGGCGCUGAGCGUGCUGGCGCAGGCUUGCCUUCGCCGAGCCGUAUUUAAAUACCACAACGCGCUUCAGAACUCACCCCACCUCCGAGACCGACGGAAAUAAGAGCAGAAAGUGCAGCGGAGGGAUUUGGGGCUGGAAGCCAGGCGUGCCAGGGGAUGAGCUCGCAGGCCUGGAGCUCCCGGUGUUUGGGAUUACAGCUCUGACGGUGGAGUAAUCACCCUUGGGACUGAACCAGAGCAGUCGGGCACCGUGGAGGCCAUUGGACACCUCUCUGCAGGGCUCCCGGCAAGUCACUGGUGGCAGCAGCGACAUCCCAGCCCCCAGGAAUGAGGAACCUCCACCCCUGAAGAUCCCAGCCUUGGGUUUCACAUUGCACCGAGCCUCUGUCCUCACCCUUGCUGGCCCUGCCCACGAUGGCGUUGUGUCUCAAGCAAGUCUUCAACAAAGACAAAACGUUUCGUCCCCGAAAGAAGUUUGAGCCGGGCACCCAGCGCUUCGAGCUGUACAAGAAAGCCCAGGCCUCCCUCAAGUCUGGGCUGGACCUGAAAGCAGUGGUGCAGCUGCCUCCCGGCGAGAGCAUCAACGACUGGAUCGCUGUGCAUGUGGUGGACUUCUUCAACCGCAUCAACCUCAUCUAUGGCACCAUGUCGGAGUAUUGCACGGAAAAGAGCUGCCCCAUCAUGUCCGGUGGACUCAAGUACGAGUACAGGUGGCAGGACGAUAGCAAAUACAAGAAGCCGACCAAGCUGUCGGCUCCGCAGUACAUGUGUAUGCUGAUGGACUGGAUCGAGAUGCUCAUUAACAACGAGGACAUCUUCCCCACCAGGAUAGGUGUUCCCUUCCCCAGGCAGUUCCAGCAAGUUUGCACUAAGAUCCUCACCCGCCUCUUCCGUGUCUUUGUCCAUGUCUACAUCCACCACUUUGACAGCAUCAUCAACAUGGGUGCUGAGGCUCACGUCAACACCUGCUACAAGCACUUUUACUACUUCAUCAGGGAGUUCAGCCUUGUUGACCAUCGGGAGCUGGAGCCUUUGAAAGAAAUGACAGAACGAAUUUGCCACUGAAGCAUUUUGGCAGGCGAACUCAGCCGGCUCAUUUGGAGUCUGAUGGGACAAGACACCCUGUGGUGGGAGACCUCUUCCCAAGGACUCGCUCUGGGCAUUUCAACUCAAUGAACUAUGAACACUGCAGAGAGCCUCUUCAGGCCAGGGCUGAAUCCUAAGACUGCCAAGCAUCUCUGGACAGAUUUUUUUUUUUUUAAUAGAUCCCAGUCUCUGUUGUAUGGCUCCUGUCUUAGAAAGCCACUGAUUUACUGGAGAUUGAGACAAGUUUGGUUGACUUUUGCACACUCUGGUUUCUAAGACUCAAUCCCAUGUCUGAUAACAUCCCUUCAGCUACUUUUCCUCUUGUUUUGUCCUCAGCUACACUGAUCUCCAAAUGUUUUAUUAGUGAUUCCUGCCCUGUGAGGAGCUGUGACCUUGGCUACCGAGUAAUGCCUGCUACCUUUCCCACAUGCAGUGGGUUUGUGAUAACAUCUGAGAUCAGCUCUGCAAAGUUGGUGACAUUUGAUCCCAGCUGCUUUCAUGUGGUUAGUUCCUGAUGUACCGUUUUUAACCAUGAGCUGUGAAUGUCUUUCCUUCUGCCCUAAUUCGUGCUUUCCCAAAGGGACCAUUUUUCCCUGCAAAGGAUAUUUCACUCUUGGCAGAGUGGACUUCGUGAUGUUCUAAGAUGCAUCCAACACUGCUUGGACUAAUGGCAAGGUGGCCCAUGACAGAGGAGGUAAACUAGGCCACUUCUCAGUGUGAUCAGUACAGUCUACCUGAGAAGAGACUCAGGAAGCGGUGGAAAGGAACUGUUGCCAGAAAACAACAUUUUCAACAUGUCAGCAUUUCCUGACAUGUUUUCUUGGCUCAAGAUCAACAGAUGCUGGCUGCAGAAAUUGUUGUUUUUCCAUUAUCCAACCCUACAGCAUAGUAAAUCAUGUGGAGAAGGACUUUAAGAGACAUCUAAUCUACAAUGUUCUUCCAAAAAAGCAAGAUCAGUCCUUCUUAAACCUUUUUGACCUUUUGAAAGCAUACUACUGCUACCUGGUCUGUGCCAUUAUUCCCCUGAAAGGUAUCACAUCUCAAAAUUUCUUCCCCUUCUGCUUGCAAUGCCCAAUAACUAGUGUUGUGUUCCCUGUGACAUUUUUCUUUUGACAAGAGUUGAAGUCUUUUUUUUUCUGUUUUUAGGGAGUUGAAAUCAAAUUGUCUGAGCCACAGCAUUGUUAUGUUUGUAUUUCCUGCCCUUUUUCUGGGAAAGUUUUGUAUACCAGACACAGCUAAUAUUUAUAAUCUGGGCCUUGCCCAUUUUUGGGGUAGGGAGGGGAUGUGGCUAGAAAAUGUAAAUAUUUAGGCCAACGUUAAAGUGCACAAGUGAAUUUUUAGUGCUCAAAGCACUUAUUUUGUUGUGAAAAUCUAUUUUUUUUAAUCUUGUGUACCAGAUGUAUAUUUUUAAAUGGAAAUAAAACAGAGCAAAAUGGACACAAAACCACCUGAUGCAUCAUUCCAAUAUUUUCUGUGUAAAAUAAUCAGUAGAAGUCCAAACAUUUUUUUUUCUGUUACUAAUUAAAGAAACGUUAAUAAUCCUGGUGUA